AUCAGGAAAUUAGGGGAGCUUGGGUAUCAUCGAAGUGCAAAGAAAUGCAAAGAGAAAUUUGAGAAUGUUUAUAAAUAUCACAAAAGAACCAAAGAAGUCCGAUGUGGGAAACCAGAUAGUAAAAGUUACAAGUUUUUUGAACAAUUAGAAGCUCUUGAAAAUCACCCUCCUCUCAAUUUCCACUCCCAUUUAUCUAAGCCUCCACCUCCGGCAACGGCGGCUUCACCUCCAACCACCGUCAUUUCUCACAUUCCUUCAACUGUUCCAUCGACCACCACCGCCGUACCCCACUUGAUGAACAUAUCAUUCACUCAACCAAACCCCACAAUUCACCUCCAAUCCAUGCCCCCUCCGCCUCCCUUGCCAUUCAAUAACCCUACCAAUUUAGCCACCACCAUUGCUCCGCUUUUCCAAACCAAUGUCUCAUCUGGGGCAGCCGGAUUGGGGUUCGAAGCGGAUCUCAUCUCAAACUCAACGUCUGAUGAUGUCGACUCGUCGACAUCAUCCGACGAGGCGUCGAGACAAAGAAAGAAGAGGAAAUGGAAGGAUUUCUUUGAGAGAUUGAUGAGGGAAGUGAUUGAAAGGCAAGAGGAAAUGCAAAAGAGAUUCUUGGAAGCAAUUGAGAAAAGGGAACAAGAAAGAGUUGCAAGAGAAGAAGCAUGGAGGAUGCAAGAAAUGGCCAAAAUCAAUAGAGAGAAAGAGAUUUUAGCUCAAGAAAGAUCAAUGGCAGCUGCUAAAGAUGCCGCUAUUACAUCCUUCCUCCAAAAACUAACACAAUCCCACCCCAACGACAACAACCCGUCACCGUCACUGCCACCACCACCGCCACCGCCACCACGACAACAACCAAUCUCAAUAUCAAAUCCGACACCAGUCGUGCAACCGCCGACUCAACAAGCUUCUACAUUGCAAGUUGUUCAUCCAAAUUCUACCCCACAAAAAUUGGUGAACAACAAUGAAUAUUUGCAAAUAGAGAUUGUGAAAAGAAGUGAUAAUGGUGGUGAAAGUUAUAGGAUGAGCCCAGCUUCAAGCUCAUCAAGAUGGCCAAAAGUGGAAGUGGAGGCACUCAUCAAAUUGAGAACAAAUCUAGACGCCAAAUAUCAAGAAAAUGGACCAAAAGGGCCAUUGUGGGAAGAGAUAUCAUCAGCCAUGAAGAGACUUGGGUAUAAUAGAAAUGCAAAGAGGUGCAAGGAGAAAUGGGAGAACAUAAACAAGUACUUCAAGAAAGUAAAGGAGAGUAAAAAAACAAGGCCGGAGGAUUCCAAGACUUGCCCUUAUUUUCACCAGCUUGAUGCUUUGUACAAGGAAAAGAACAUCAACAACAACAACGGCAACAAGUUCGACAACGUUAUAAUCGGAUCAUCGACACCAUUGAUGGUUCGACCAGAGCAACAAUGGCCUCCGCAACAAGAACUUGUUCGAUCCAACUCAGCCAACAAAGAUAUGGAGAGCGAACCAAUGGAUCGAGACGAAAAGGAUGAAGACGACGACGAGGAUGAUGACGAAGAAGAAGACGAGGAGGGUGGAGAGAAUUACGAGAUUGUGGCAAGCAAACCAGCUUCGAUGAGUGUUGCAGAGUGAGUGAGAACAAAGCAUGUUAUGGUUCUGGAAAAACUCGAGCAUGGAUUGGAUCGAAAACGGGGUUCUCGAACGGGUAAGUGGGUCAAGUUUUUUCGGUGUGGAAAGGGUUGAAUUGAAUAUGUUGUUCAUACAUACACACUCACACUCACACUCACAAAAGUUACUGCAAAAAACCAUAUGAUGAGGGAAUUAAGGGGAAAAAAAGAGGGUGUAAGGGGUUGGUUUAGAAAUUGUAGAAUAGAAUCGGGCGAGAGUUAUAUGAUUUUCCAUUUUAAUAAUUAAUUAAUUUGUUUUUUUGGGGACUAAAAAUGAAAUAAUGUUUGGGGUUUAGAGAGAGAAUGGAGUUUAAGGUUUCAAAACAAGAAAUAAAGAGACACUCUUGUCUAGUGUUGUAUUUUGGCA